AUGGCUGCGGCUUCCCACCUCCUCUCCCUCUUCUUCCUCCUCCUUCUCCCCGCUUCUAACGCCAUCUACUGCGACGAAGACGACUGCUACGACCUCCUAGGGUACCAUCUCAUCUCCCUCCUCCUCCCCUCCAUUUGGCUGGUUCCUUGUCCCGCUCAGCAAUCGAUGUGCCGCAGGCUUAAGCAGGACGCGAACGCGUCGGACAUCAAGAAAGCGUACUACAAGCUCUCUCUCAAAUACCAUCCGGACAAGAACCCCGAUCCGGAGUCGCGGAAGCUCUUCGUCAAGAUCGCCAAUGCUUACGAGAUUCUGAAGGAUGAAUCCACUAGGGAGCAGUAUGACUAUGCCAUUGAACAUCCAGAGGAGGUUUUCUAUAACACAGCUCAGUACUAUAGGGCAUACUAUGGACAUAAAACGGAUCCUCGUGCUGUGUUGAUUGGUCUUCUUCUAAUUGUUUCAGCAUUUCAAUACAUAAAUCAGCUAACAAGGUAUAACCAGGCCAUGGAAAGUGUCAAGCAAACUCCUGCUUACAAAAAUAGGUUAAAAGCUUUGGAGUUUGAGCGAACAGGAGGAAUUGCUAGCAAAAAGAAGGGCCACAAGCAGGUGGAUAAGAAAGUUGAAGAAGAGCUAAGUAAUGAAGUUGAAUUGCAAAUUCAUGGUGUUGAAAAACCAUCUGUCUGGAGGCUGUAUGGUGUCCAAUUUAUACUUUUGCCUUACUCCAUUGGCAAGGCACUUACUCGGAAGAUUUGUUGGUUUUGGAGAUACCGGGUAAAGAAAUUACCAUAUACAUGGGAGGAUGCUUGCUGCUUGACUAGGAUUUCACUCCAGAUGCCUGUGAAUACAUGGAAAAAUAUUGAUGAGUCUAAGAAGGAGGACCUUGUGAGAAGACACCUUUGGGAAAAGAGCAACAUGGAGAGGUACGCUGCAGAGAUGAGGAAGGAAUCAAAGCGUAGGAGGUAG